CGAUAUUUUAAAUUUAUACCAAUUUUAAACUUCCAAUUUGGCGGCUGAUUUUGAAGAAACUCCCUCCAAAACCACUCAAAUCCAAUUUGGCGAAGCAGAAAGUCAAUUUACGCUUCAACUUCUUGUGUGGGAACUACCCUAUUUCCAAUCUAAGCAAAUAGGUGACUGCAGGAAAUUUUGAUCAGUGCUUGACCCGUUUGAAUUGUAAGAAAUGUACGGGAAGAAAGGGAGCGAAUUAGUUCAAGAAUUUGCAGAGAGUGAACCUGGGCAGCUUGCGGCUUUUAAUACUGACCUAUUUACACAAGUAGUUGAAGAAUGUAACAGCCAUUUUCUUCACCUGAACUCUUUGGUGAGGAAAAUGAACUCAAAAACUCCCGCUGAAAGUUCAAAUGCAAACCGACCAACUCAAAAUGAUGGAAUUUCAAACAACGAAUCACCUGAUGAAAAUGAGCCACCUGAGGCUGAUACAAGUGCAAAUGCUGAGCUACCCAAAGAUGAUAAUUACCAUGGGCUGCUUAUCCAUCAUCAGUCUCUCAUUCGCAACAAACGCUGUCUGAUGGCUUAUGUAUAUAAUCGAGCAGAAGUCAUUCGAAGAUUGGGGUGGACCCUUGAGCGAGUCCUCCCAGAAGAAAUUGAAGAGAAGCUAAGUACCUCAGAGAAAGAAUAUUUUAAGAAUCAUGCUGCAACUAUCCAAUCGUACAUGUCAGCACUUGAUCUUGAUCUAGGGGUGGAUAUGGUGCCUCCAAAAGAUCCCUAUAUCAAAGUGAGGGUCCUCGAUGACAUUGGUAAUGUUGUCCUGAGCGACCAAUUAGCGAACCUUGCUCGUCAUGCAAUUCUUUUCAUUAGACGAACUGAUGCAGAGCAGUACAUUUCUCAGGGUUUAAUGGAAGAACUCACAAGUUGAUUCCAAGUAUUAUGUUACAAGCUGAUUCUGAUUAUGCAUUGCUUCUAACAAAACCAGCAGCGGUAGGGCGACUGCUAUCUGGAGGUUGAAGGUGAAUGUUAGCUAAUUCAAAGACGAGCAAUCAAGUUUGAGAAGGCAUUGGAGAAUUGAAGGGAAUUGUUGAUUCAUAAUCAUCCAUGCGUCUGAUAUAAAAGAGGGUUUUUGAUUUUAAGUGGCAUCUAAACCAGAAUAUUGUAAUUUAGACUUCAACAUAGUUGAUAAAUUCACAAAUAUGUGGGAAAAUACUCUGUUCUCAGAACCAAUCAUGUGUCUCAAUUAUCAUCUGAAUACACCUAUAACAUGUAAACAAGUUAGAAUCUUAA